CUCCUUGUUACUAUACGUCCACCUGCGAUUCGUACAUGAAAAAGUCAAAAACUCAUGAGUUUUUCAGUAAGAAAUGGAGAAUAUUUUAAAAUAUCCUGCAUAUGAAUGGGAACUUCUACAAAAUACUCACUACCAGAGGAUUAAUCUGGGAAACACAAUAUGGGAUCCUAUUGACCCAGUUGCCUUUUCGACAGCAAUUGCUCCUUGCGGAGGUGCAAUAGCUUUGACGAGAUCCGAUUCAAAUAUACAAAAGAACUUUAAAUUUGAGGAAAUACCCUUGUACUCCAUAUGUGUCUUUAGUUUGACAGGGAGUCAUUUACAAACAUUUACGUGGGAUAAAGUGUCUAUUGCUGGCAUGGGAUGGAAUGAUAAUGAGGAACUGAUUGUUCUAUCCAAACAGGGUCAAGUUCGCGUGUACAAUAUACUCGGUGAGUUCCAUCAGUAUUCCAUUGGAAAAGGUAUAGAAAAAAUUGGUGUGAAAGAAUGUCGGUUUUCUUCAGGUGCUGUGUUUGCACGUUUACAGGACGAUUCUUUUAUUUCUCUAUCAGGUCUCGACGAACCAAGAAGAAAAAAUUUCGCUAAAAUCCCUUCUGAAUUGAUGGAGAAUGGCAAUUUAAGUUCAUGGAAUUUAAUUCCAAAUCAGUUCUCUCUUGAUUUAGGUUAUGAUGUACUGGUCAGCAUUGGUAAUCAAAUCCUUCAAAUUGAUGAACAAGAUGUUCAAGUUCACAAUAUCCCCUCUUCAGGAACGAUUCAUCAAUUUUCCGUGUCUCCUAAUUCCAGAUACAUAGCUCUUUACGAAGAUAAAGGGAAGAUUCGCGUCAUUUCUUCUGAUUUUACAAAGGUUCUGUUGGAUUUCCAACUCCCCGAUACCAUUUCAGAAGCAAUUUUAAAGCAAAUGACUUGGUGCAGUAAUGAUGCAGUUGUGCUCGUCCACGAUAAUCUCGUAACUCUCGUUGGACCUUUUGGGGGUUCCGUACCAUUCCUGUACAAUCAGACUCCCAUCGUCUAUUCUGAAAUUGAUGGUGUAAGGGUAUUGAAUAAAGAGAAAUGUGAGUUUUUACGAAGAGUCCCUUCGUCUUUGGAACAAGUAUUUGAGCUUCAAUCCAGAAGUCCUGCUACGAGACUGGUCGAAGCUUCACAAAAGAUGAAAUCCAAAUCAGUUUUUGCGGAAAAAUUACUGUUGGAAAUGAAAAACGACAUGCACAUAGCAGUUGAUACUUGCACGCAGGCCGCUCUACAUGAAUUCUCUAUUGAAUGGCAAAAAGAAUUAUUAGAAGCUGCCUCUUUAGGAAAGAAUACGUUGACAGCUUAUAAUCACCAAGAGUUUGUUGAUAUCAGCAGAGAAAUGCGUGUUUUAAAUUCUGCUCGUUCUCCAAGUAUAGGUAUUUAUAUUACACAUGAUCAACUUGAACAUCUUGGUUUUGAACGACUUAUUCAAAGAAUUUCCAGGAGAAAGCAGUACGGAACCGCAGUUCAAGCAGCUCAAUACUUAAAUUUACCCUGCGACUGGGUCUAUAUUGAGUGGGCUCAAACGUAUCUCAAGCAGUCCAACGAACCGGAAGAUGUUGUACUGAAUAAUAUAGUAGACAAGUUAUCGAAAAGAAAGUUUAUAUCGUAUGAAAAGGUUGCACGGACUGCUUAUGAAGAAGGAAGAAUUAUGUUGUCUACCAAACUCCUUGACUUUGAACCGCUUGCCAAUCAUCAAGUCAUGCUGCUGCUGAACAUGGAGAGUUAUGAACAAGCCAUGAGUAGGGUCAUUGAAACCUCUGAUUAUGACUUGAUUCUGUACGUUAUACUUCAAAUAAAGCAACAGAUGUCCAUUGCCUCGUUCUUUCAAAUAUUAAAUACUCAUCCAAAUGCUGCUCAAGUCUAUGUAGAGUUUGCAAAGCAGAACGAUCGGAAAACGCUUCAUGAUUUUUUUUAUCAGGAUGACGAUCGUAAAGGCUUGGCGAUUCUUGCUAUUGAAGACACUUUGACAGUUAAUACGUUUAAUGAACGUAUUGCCUCUCUGCAGACAGCCUCAAAGGUAUGCGGCGAAUCAAAAGAAUUCGCAUUGGAAAGUAAAUUAUUAGAUGAACAGGUCAAGCUUUUACAAUUAGAAGAAGCUUAUGAAAGUCAGCUUGCGAGUAAUUUCGUGGGACUUACAAUUAAUGAAUUAAUUGUUAAGCUGAUAGAGCUGAACCAAAACCAGAAAGCCUCUAAAAUACGAUCAGAAUUUGGUGUUCCCGAAAAAAGAUUUUCAUGGUUAAAGCUGCGUGCUCUUGUGGCUAUAAGAGACUGGCUUCAAAUUGAACAAUGGGCUGCAUCAAUGCGCAGAUCUCCUAUUGGAUUUGAACCUUUUGUAAAUGAGAUUUUGAGUGCUGGAAACAAAAGGGAAGCAGCAAAGUAUAUUCCACGUUGCACACAAAUAUCUACACAAGAGAAAGUAGAUCUUUGGAUACAGGUGGGUGAUGUUAAAAGUGCUAGUGAAGAAGCCGCAGAAGCAAAAAGUGGUAAUCUUCUUGGUGAGCUUUUAGAACGAGUUCAAAAUAUGCCGGAAAGCCGACUUGUGCAAAAUGCACUUGGUCAAUUACGACGCUGAUGAAACAAAAAAAUAACACUAAACACAUACAUAUUAUGCAAUGUGAUGAUCCAAGUCUAGAUUUCUAGCAGAAGGUUGCUAGGAAGGAGUCUAUUUAUUUGAGUAAAUGAAAUGAAUAUUAGCAUUAAUA